AUGGAAACGUUUAAAUCUCUCUUCGCGAAGCCUGAUCCUCAGGCUCAGAUGCGAAAAUGCAAUGCAUUGAUGCGGCAAAACAUGCGCAAGCUCGAUCGCGACAUCCAGACCGUUAAGCAAGUCGAAGCAAAGACCAAGAACCUCAUCAUCCAAGCCGAUAAGCGAGGUCAACGCGAUCCCUCUCGCUCCAGCCAAGCUCAAAAAGAGGUCCGCGACUUUGCACGUGAGCUCGUUCGCGCUCGCAAGCAAUCACAACGUCUAGUUACAUCCAAGGCACAGCUCUCCUCUGUACAGAUGCAAGUCAACGAGGCCUUUGCCGUGCGAAAGAUCGAGGGAUCCAUCCGGGCGAGUGUUGGUAUCAUGAAGGACGUGAACUCGCUUAUCCGUCUGCCCGAACUGGCGGGGACCAUGCAAGAGCUGAGCGUAGAGUUGAUGAAGGCGGGCGUUAUCGAGGAGAUGGUCGAGGAUGUACUACCCGCUGACGGAGACAUGCUCAUGGAAGAUGAGGAGGCCGAGGGCGAGGUGGAGAAGGUCCUUGGAGAAGUCCUCAAGGAACGCAAGCAACCCAGUCUCCCUGUUGCGCCCGUGCCAGAACCCCAGAAGCCCCAGGAAGAGGACGAAGAGGAAGAGGAUGCAGAGGCUAUGAUGGAUCAGAUGCGCAACCGAUUAGAGGCGCUUCGCAGUUAG